AUGGCCGACAUUAAUUGGGAUGGUGACUACUUCGACCUGCCAAAGGAGAAGUUUCAGCAAAUGACAGUGGGCCAGCGUCUGGACCACUUUGCAAAGAGGAUAGUAAAGCAUGGGAUGGAAAGACCUGCUCUUAUCUACAGGUUCCACAUCAAAAUGCUCCUGCUCAACUAUGGAGGCUAUUGCAUUUUGGUAGGCCUGAUGCCAAGGCCCUCUGCUAUGCCUACUUAUGACUAUUCCGUGCUCCUCUUCGCCAAGCUGCUUGUCUGGCAGCACUUGGCUGAAGCAUUUGGGUGCCGUCAAGGACCCCUCAGUGGAAUGACAUUUCCCACCAACUGGUUGUACCGCUUGUCGAGGGGGACUUUGAAGUACUCAUGUUUGCCUCAGCUGGGCGGAAACAAACGAAAUGUUGUUGACUUUGCAGUUCACUGCCUUUUCUUCAUCUCUGGAUUGGCUUUUCUCUUCUGCCCAUGGUACAGCUUUGUUUGCAUAAGAGCUCUAUUCUUCUGCGAUGUGUAUUUGUUUAUGUUUGACAGGACGCAGUUCUAUGCCAGCACUGCUCACGCCUAUGGGAGCAUGCUGCUGUCUGCGUGCUUUCCACUGGAUUGUGGUUCAUUCGCCGGAAUGCAGCUGGGACUCAUCAUGCAAUGGUUCUUCUCAGGGAUUGGGAAGAUUGGACCUUGGUUUCAGUAUGUCAACGGACCCUUCAUGCUGCAGUCAAGAUGGCUGCGCGGAAGCAAAUGGCUCCUGAAGUUGUUGGUCGAGUCGGAGGAUAAGAUGACUCCCACCCUGUUCGGCACGUGCCUUGCCCACCUUGCAGCCUUCGUCGAAUACUUUGCACCAAUUGCUUUGAUGGUUCCUUCCAAUGCAGCCAUUUGGCUGGGCUUGAUCGGCCUCACAGCUAUGCAUGUUUACAUAUUGCUGACGCCGGCACCUUUUGAUGUAUACUCCUGGAAUUUAUGCUUCUGUCUGAGCGGCAUCUACCUUUUUUACAUAGGCAGCUUUGGCUUCGACUUUUCGAGCUGGACAGACAUGGCGUUUUGUCUGCGGCUGUGGCUGUUCGCUGAGUUCUGUUUAUGCUGGUAUGGGCAGUUCUUCCCAGACCAGAUUGGAUAUUACCUUAGCCACAGGUAUUGGGCUGGAAACUGGGUCCAAACGCAUUUCAUGGUGCGGAAAAAUCAGACGGUGAAAGACAAGCUGGACAAAGUGGAUCCGCGCUUGCCCAACCCGCUGAGCCUGGAGCCAACCCCGUAUUACUUGAUGUGCCUGGGCUACAUGCCUUUUGCAUACACGUGGCUGGCAACAAUGAACAUGAAGUGUAUCGUAAGACUUGUCGAGGACGUGCUCAACAUGGGUUCCAGGACGACCGUUGACGAUUGGGCUUUCUGUGGACUUCAAAGCUGGCUGUGCGGAGAAUUCAGAGACCAAAUCUACACGCACACGAUGAUGCCUCUCAUCCAGGAAGAGUGCAAGUUUGAUGAGGGGGAGUGCUAUUUGAUCCGGCUUGGAGCCUUUCGGAUGUUCCAGCAUGAGGCAAGCUGGCAAAUCUACGACGCAAAGAAGGGCGUGGUCAGGGAAGGCAAGCUCACCACGGAAAUGAUGUCAAGCAUUGACAGUCGUCCAUCUGCGUCUAUGGAGCUACUGAUGGCGUGA